ACCUAUUGGUUUCUUUCACUUACUGUGUUAGCUGUGGUAUAUUUAUAUCGCCUCCUUCACGUGUGUUUUCUCCCUCUCUCUCUCGUUGCUUCUCUCUGGCAAAUCCCAGAUUCCUGUCUACCUUGAGGCUUUUUUGAAUCCAAAAAAAGAAGAGGGAAGGAAUGGGAGAGGUGAAGAAACCUCAAUCACGUGGUGUUUGGCCUACUGUCAAACCUUUUGUUAAUGGUGGUGCCUCGGGUAUGCUCGCCACCUGUGUUAUCCAGCCUAUUGAUAUGAUUAAGGUGAGGAUUCAAUUGGGUCAAGGAUCAGCUACUGAGGUGACGAAGACUAUGUUAAAGAAUGAGGGUUUUGGUGCUUUGUACAAGGGGCUCUCUGCUGGACUACUGAGGCAAGCCACUUAUACAACUGCCCGACUUGGAACAUUCAAGAUUUUGACCAGCAAAGCAAUUGAAGCCAAUGAUGGGAAGCCCUUACCUCUAUAUCAGAAGGCUUUGUGUGGGCUAACUGCUGGUGCGAUUGGAGCAUCUGUUGGCAGCCCAGCAGAUUUAGCACUUAUCCGUAUGCAGGCUGAUGCCACUUUACCAGCUGCUCAGCGCAGAAAUUAUUCAAAUGCUUUCAAUGCCCUCUUCCGCAUUGUUUCCGAUGAAGGGGUUUUGGCACUCUGGAAAGGUGCAGGCCCUACUGUUGUAAGAGCAAUGGCAUUGAACAUGGGGAUGCUUGCUUCUUAUGAUCAAAGUGUUGAGUUUUGCAAGGAUUCACUUGGUUUUGGUGAAAUGUCCACUGUGAUAGGUGCAAGUACUGUUUCAGGAUUUUUCGCUGCAGCUUGUAGUCUUCCAUUUGAUUAUGUCAAAACUCAAAUUCAGAAAAUGCAACCUGAUGCCCAAGGAAAGUAUCCAUACACUGGCUCCAUGGAUUGUGCCCUUAAGACACUCAAGUUAGGAGGACCAUUCAAGUUUUACACUGGAUUCCCUGUCUAUUGUGUUAGAAUUGCGCCUCAUGUUAUGAUGACCUGGAUAUUCCUUAACCAGAUUCAAAAGCUGGAGAAAUCUGCUGGGUUGUAGUUUUCCGCGGAGAUGGGAUUGGUGUCAAGUCAGGCAAUCAAAAUAAUGGAAUUUGGUUGAGUUGUAGUUUCUGUCUGGUUUUUGGCGGUUCACACUCUGUUAGACUUCAAGUCAAUUUUAAGUAGGAUUUCCGAAUUUUAUGCUUAUUAGCACCUUUGAGGGUGGGGAAGGAUUUGGAUUUUACAUAAACCCCUUUUGAAUUCAAUAGAGUUCGGCAAGAGAGAGUAAAAUAAAUUGUUUACUUGAUAAACAAGUAUUAUGGAUAAAUUUUUAUACCUUUCAUGAAA